AUCACGUGUCACGUGAGACGUGAGUGUCCAGUGAGUCUGCGGUCUGCCUCGAACAAUUUUAUCACACUCUGUCGAUUUGUCGAUGCUGUGUAAGCAAAUAUUUACAGGAGCUGUUACUGUUGUGUCAUUUAGUUUCUGUUCCUCAAAUUAUCAAUUUGUGUUCAAGUACAGUGUCUGAAUUAAGUUCUUCUGUGGAGUUUUUCUCACAUACAACAACAUUUGAGUACCAUACCUUUAGAAUGGCAGGUAAUGACAGUGAAACCCUAAGAUUUAUCAAAGAAAUGAUGGAAGACAGUGCUGCUAUUCGUCCACAAAUCCAUAAUUAUUUAGAGAACGGGGGCAAUCCUAGAUACGUAGGUAGGCUAGCAAUGGAUUUGUGGCAUGAAAGAAAGUUUGGACCAAACCCAUACAUUAUUAUUCCUCCAAGGGUUCGUACAUUACUGCAGCCAUCAAAGGCCCAAAGCUCUGUUCCAAGAACAAAAAAACCAGAAUCAGCAGUGAACUCUGCAACUUUGCCUUCGCAACCUGAAACCUCUGCAAGUCAAUUCCGGACUCCUGUCAAUCAGGGCAGAGCCUCAGCUGGUCUGCCGAAGGUGUCUGCUGAUUCAAAGCAAAAUUCAGCUAGUCAGGGCCAAGCUACAGUUGGUAAGCGUUUCCAGAUUUCUGCUAGUCAAACUACGUCAACUGCUGAAAAUCGAACUUCUGCUGAUCAGUGCCAAACAUCUGCCUCUUCAAGCUUUGGAAAAAAGAAGUGUAAAGGGGCUGCAAGCUCAAAACCCCUUUCUUCUCAGGGCUCAACUUCUGCUCAUCAAACUUUUGCCACUCAGAAUCGUACCUCCGCUGCUGUUCCUCCAAAUUUUGGAAAUAAGGAGCAAAGAAAAGCUGUGGGCUCCAAAACUUUUCCCACUCAGCACCCACGUCCUGCCGGUCAAACUUUUACCACUCAUCAUAGAACUUAUUCUGGUCAAGCCGAAGCUGAAUAUGAUGAAAUGUAUAAUGGUAAAAGUAUGCAAGAAAUGUUGGAAGAUGCAGAAGCCGAAGCUGAAUAUGAUGAAAUGUAUAAUGGUAAAAGUCUGCAAGAAAUGUUGGAAGAUGCAGAAGCCGAAGCUGAAUAUGAUGAAAUGUAUAAUGGUAAAAGUAUGCAAGAAAUGUUGGAAGAUGCAGAAGCCGAAGCUGAAUAUGAUGAAAUGUAUAAUGGUAAAAGUAUGCAAGAAAUGUUUGAAGAUGCAGAAGCCGAAGCUGAAUAUGAUGAUUAUAGUGGUAAAAGUAUGCAAGAAAUGUUGGAAGAUGCAAAAGCCGAAGCUGAAUAUGAUGAAAUGUAUAAUGGUAGAAGUUUUCAAGAAAUGUUGGAGGAUGCAGAUGCUGAGUUACAAGAAAUGAGCCUGUACGAUGAUUAUGAUUAGCUUAUUUGCCUGAGUUACCUCUCCAGUUUUACUUUACCAUUAAAGUAGUUCAUUUGAAAACAACAGCACCGCUCUCCACAAUUAAUGUAGGUAUUAUUAUCAAGUGAACAAGGACAUCUUAUCUGGACAUACCUACUUAAUUAUCAAACAAGGCAAUCUUUUUAUCACUAUUUUUUCAACUAUUCUGUUAAUAUUGACUCUCAAUCAUUUUCUGAACACAGCUUUUUAACUGUUCUUUUUUAUCAGUUUUUUUUUGUGUCAACACCUUUCUUCCUCCAAUUAUGGUGUGAUUUCAUGACACAAAAUAUUCUGUAAAAAUUCCAGUUAGGUAAGUAUUCGCAUAAUGUUUUUUGACUUUCAGCAUUAAGUAACAUCAUUAUAUGUGCCUAAAAUUUCUCAAGAAGAAUCAUCACUGCCCCAAAAGAAAUCAUCAAGACGUGCAAUCUGAAAUCAGCCCUCUUGAAUUAGCAUUCAGAAGAGUGAUACAUGGAGGGUAGAAAAAAAUCCUUGCAGCUGAAUAAAUUGCUGGAUUGCAUGUAGGUACCCUGGCACACUUGUCUUGUUUUAUCAAGUGAACCUAUUCUUUUAAUAUUCUUGUAAUAAAGACUCUACUCGAGCCUAUGUAUCCAAGGGGUGUAAUCAAGUGAACCUAUUCUUUUAAUAUUCUUGUAAUAAAGACUCUACUCGAGCCUAUGUAUCCAAGGGGUGUAAACAACCUCAUGUCAAAAAGUAGUUAGGUUUUACUUUAUAUGCUGUGUCAUUUUACUUACUUCAUGUAGGUAACAUUAAAUGCAUACUUGGUGCGCAACUAGACUCAUUUGUAGGGAUGGCUCAAUUUGCAAUAGUGUAGUUCGAACUUCUUACCUAUCUAGUACUUUGGGUUCCCAUAGACUUUCGAGCAAGGAGUAUAAUAUAGUUUCAAAAACCAAAAUUUACAGCCUCAUUUAUUCUAUUUUUGGUUUGCUUUUUUCUAAAGGAAAAAAAAAGGUCACUGAAGUAUUUUAAGCAUUUUACUAUUCUUUUCAAUAAAAAAGAAUAAAAUGUGUUGUCUUCUCAAUAUUUUACGGACCUUCAUAUAUUAAGUCUGUGUUUAUUAUUUGCAUUCCUCUGAAAUGAGUCUCUUCUUUAAAUUCUAAGUAUCUCAGUUGUUUUUUGUCAAAGUAUUUCUGCUCAAAAAGAGUAGGUAUUAACAGUAAAGUAUUUACCUAUAAUUUUUGCUUUAUUAUAGUGCUUGGAUCAAUUACUAAACUUAAUUCAAGCUAUACUUUUUUCAUUAUUUGCCUUUAAAAAAAAACUAUCUUUUCUCCAUUAUUGAUUGUAGACUGUUUGAAUUACCAACAUUUCUGUCGGCAUGUAGAAUUAAAACCAAUAAUAUCUUGAGUUUUUUUAACAAUGUCGAAAACAGAUCAAGCAGUACUAAGUAUGCCAUUUACUGUCAGUCAACUUUAUCCCUGAGUCUUUCUGAAAAUGGAUGAAAAUUCAAAAAUUGCAAAUAUUCAAUAGAUUCAUCAAUUAGCUGACAAUUUUGCGAAUCAAAAUUUAUGUAACAAACAGCAAAAAACAAAGCAAUUUAAAAUCCUGCCAUGUUGCACCCUGUUAAAGGAAAAAUUCCUCUUUAAAUUCUCUUUUACUGCAUCAUCAUCAUCUUUUCAAUUGUAAUCAAAUGUUCUUUAGCUUACUGCGUGACUCAUCUAACCAAUAUAGUGUAUCUUCGUUUUUUAUUAAUUACUCUUACGUAACAUUACUAUUCCUUCUUGUUUCUCUUGAAUGUGUCAAUAAAAUUGUUUUACAUUUUUUU